CCUGACCCCAAGAAUUUUAUUGGUACUUCAUGGGUGCAUUUGUUGCGGCAACAAAAAAUUAGGACUUGGUGAUGCGUCAAAACUCAAUAAGACUUGCUGGUAUGUCCCAUUCAGGUGAAGCUGGCCAAAAUGAGAACCUUGACUUUAAGUGGGGACAGAAGAGAACUGUGGGUGGGAAGAAAGGCGAGGUCCAGUUUUACGGAACUUUUACUUAUGAUGGUGUUGACUACAGCCUAUAUGACUGCGUAUACAUGCACAAUGAAGAGGAAACCGAGCCUUAUAUCGGUAAGCUGAUAAAGAUAUGGGAGACUGCGGAUAAAAGGAAGAAAGUAAAAAUUCACUGGUUCUUCCACUCUUCAGAGAUUAUUAAUUGGCUUGGAGAUGAAGAGGUGCAUGCAAAUGAAAUUUUUUUGGCAUCAGGUGAAGGUUCUGGUGUGACGAAUAUUUGUGAUCUGGAAGCAAUUGCUGGCAAAUGCAAUGUUGUCUGCAUCUCAAAGGACAGCCGAAACCCACAACCUUCAGAGCAAGAACUUCAGAUGGCUGACUAUGUUUUUUCCCGUACUUUUGAUGUUCGACAUUGCACAAUAUCGGAUCAGAUGGAUGAUAAAGUUGCUGGGCUUGCAGUCAAGGUUCUAUUUGUCAAGAAAGAGGAGCCUCUAGAGUUCAAAACUGAAAGGACUGAGGGAAAUCUAAAUGGUUUGGUGCCAAGAGGAAGUGAAGAUGUUAAAGAUUCGCUGGUUGGAAGGAAAUCUUUACCUGACGUUAAACCUGCAUGUGGUGCUGCCUUGGCUACAGCCAGUGGUCGACAGGUAUCUCUUGCAGGAGACAAAGCCACGAUGUAUGGGACGGAGUCUGAUAAGAAUGAGAUGAAAAGAAGUAAGCUUCCUGCUGAUCACGUUGAAGCUGAAGAUAAAGGAAAAUCUUCUCAAGAUUCUGGUGCUUUGGAGAACAAGGCAUCCAAGAGCUCAACAGCUGAUGGUUCGGUUAAAUUUUCCGAAAGCAGGAAUAUCGAUAGGAAGGUAACAGUCAACGGGAAUGAUGCCAAGGCCUUGGUUACAAGUACUACUUCCACCAAAAAGAAACCAAAAACUGUACCCGGAAAGGAUUUUUUGGGAUCAGACAAGGGUGUAAAAUCUGCUAAAGAUACUGGUGCCUUGGAUGAUAGGCCUUCUAAAAAAGCAAGAGUUGAUUGUUCUGUUAAACUAUCCGAGAACAAUAAUGACAUUGGUGGUCAGAAAUUGAGCCUCAAUUCAGAUAGGAAUAAGGGAAAGGAGUUAGCAGCACCUCUUACUUCUGGAGGGGCAUUGAAAGCUGGAGUUUCUUCUCAUUGGCUUGACAAGGACCCUAAGCAAAAGACUGAUGAGAAGACGUCAAAGCUUUCCAAUGGGAAGCUGCUUAAGGUAUCAGCCAGGAAUUGUCAAGGCGAGAACAGAAUACCUGAAGGCGACGCAUCUGAAGUAACCCCCAAACCAGCCGAUGUGAGAGGAAAUUGGUUUAGGCAACUUCCUUGGGAGCAAAGAAUGAUAACUGCACAGGAGCAAGGAACACUUGUCCAGCUCUCAAAUUUGGAUCCAGCAUGUACUUCAAAACAAGUGGAGGAUAUCAUUUGGCAUGCUUUUAAGGAAAAUUGCACGGCGAAAAUGGUACAACACACUGCAAUUUCUAGUCCACACUCUGGUCAAGCUUUUAUUAUUUUGAAAACAAGAGGUGCAGCCGAAAGGAUCAUCACGGAAUUGGAUGACCGAUGCUUAAUGCUAUCAAAUAGGAGUCCUCUUGUUGGAAGCGUUCCACCUCCUCGUUCUGUUCAAAAGAAGUCAGCAUUUGUUGGCCAUCUGUCCAUCGAUAUAAUUAAACAUCAAAUGCAAAGGGAGUGGAAAGAAGCUUUAUCAACUUCACAUUAUUCUCAGCCAAACAAUAUGGAAUACGAGAUGGCCAUGGAAUGGUGCUUGCUACAGUCAAGAUCGAAACUUUGGUGGAACAAGUUUUACAAGAUACAAGGGGAGGAGUUGAGAAAACUUAAGGCCAAUCUCAAGAUGAAGUGAGCACCAACUGUAAAAAUAUCUUCCAGCGUUUCUUGAAGUAGAUGAAAUGCCUAUGCCAAAAGUUGUAGUUCCCGUACAGAGUGAAGAACCAAGGCGAAUUGUCGUCGUGCAUAUUUAGAAUGGGAUGAGAAUCAGUUUUCAGGGUUUUGCUUGAGAAACACAUGUAUGAAUAUGGCACAAAGCGUCAUACAUCAAGCUGGUUCUUCUGUGGGUUAUAGUUUGUACAUGAGAUGUUUCUUUUGUAAAUUCUGAAUUGGCAAUGUUAAACCAAUGCAUAUGAUGGUUUUGAAUGUAGUUAAGUGGGCAGAAGCUUGCCUUCGCCUUCAGUUUGCUUGUUAA